ACGGCCAUUAUUUCCCGAGUAUCAAGUUGAUUGAACGUUGUCCCUUCAGGCAUAUUGUGUUUGCAUUCAAAACUACUUAAAAUGACAUCGUACGACGAUCUAAGAAAGAAGUGCAGCGAGCAGCUGAAUUUCGAGCCAUUUCAAACGCUCAUCCGAUUGGCAAAAUCAGCUGAGUUAGAAAUUACUGAUGCGAAAUUCGCGCACAUGAUGGACGAUAGUGAUGAGUUGAAGAAUCUUCGAGAAGAAUUUUUCUAUCCAAAGAUAAGGGAUCUUCCUAAAGUUGAUCCGGCAUUAGUGGAUAUGGAGAUGGACAGCAUGUACUUCUGUGGAAAUUCUCUUGGACUCCAACCCAAAGAAUCACGUACAUUGGUUAUACAGGAGCUGGACAAGUGGGAAAAAAUGGGAGUUCAUGGUCAUUUUUGUGGUGAUCUUCCUUGGUGGAAAAUAGAAGACUUCGUACUCUCAGAAAGUGCUAGAAUAGUAGGUGCUAAGGAUAUAGAAGUUGCCAUCAUGAACUCUCUCACAGUAAAUUUGCACCUUCUCUUGGUGCCAUUCUACAGACCAACACCUCAGAGACACAAAAUUCUAAUAGAAGCAAAGGCAUUCCCCUCAGAUCAUUAUGCAGUGCAGUCACAGAUAAGUUUCCAUGGAUACAAUCCAGCAGAAGCCCUCAUUGAAGCUACACCGAGAGAGGGUGAGGAACUACUCAGAACAGAUGAUAUUGUGUCCUUAAUUGAGAAACAUGGAGAUUCAAUAGCACUUGUUAUGUUUAGUGGUGUUCAAUAUUACUCUGGACAAUUUUUUGACAUAAAAAGAAUUACUGCAUCUGCACAGAAAAAGGGUUGUGUGGUAGGUUGGGAUCUAGCACAUGCUGUUGGAAAUGUGGAAUUGCACCUUCAUGACUGGAAUGUUGACUUUGCCUGUUGGUGUUCUUACAAGUAUCUCAACUCAGGACCUGGAGGGAUUGCAGGAGCAUUUGUCCAUGAAAAGCACGCUUAUAA